CCAAUAUAAUUUUACUCAAGGUUAUUUUUAAAUAUUUAUGCAUAUCUUUAAGGAAUUUUGCAUCAUUUAUUAAUUCAAAACUUGAUUUAUAUCCUCUCUCCUUUCCCGCUUUUUUUAAAAUUUCUUUUAUUGUUUUCUCUCCUUUUUAAAAUAUUUUGCAACAUUUUCCUUUCAUUUUAAUUUUCGCUGCCUUUAGGCAUUUUGAAAAAAAAAUUUUUUUCUAAAUUUGGAGGCCGUUUACAAAAAUAUGAAAAAUAAAUUGCUAUAAAACGAGUAAAACUGUUUAAUAUUUAAUUUAUUUUUCGAAAAAAAAUUUUUUGUUAAAAAUCCUCCCUAAAAAUGUUAAAAAUCCCCCUUAUUCCCAGACCCUUUAUUUCCCUUAUUUUAAUUGUAUUUUUGUCGGAUUCAACUUUAGCCUGUAUUGGAAGUGCUGGAUUUCCGGGAACUUCUCUAUUUCCCCAGCAAUAUCCGGCUGAUGAUGCUGCAGGUUCUUAUGUUGCCCCACCGAGUGAAUAUAAAAUUGCCCCACCACCUCCUUCACAUUAUAAUUAUGCUCCACCAACAUUUACUUUACAGACAUUACCCCCAUUUACCUUACCUAAAUUAGAAACGCUUCCUCCACCUCCUCCUCUGCCUCAACUUUUUUCUUAUUAUCCUGUUGCACCACCGCCACCACCUCCGAGCUAUGUGUUACCACAAUUCCAACUUCAAACCCUUCCACCACUUCCACCACUUCAACCCUUCACACUACCACCAAUGCCUACAUUUGCUCCUCCUCCUGAGUCUUAUUAUCCUGUUAAACCUCCAAAAUAUUCAACAGGUCCAGACCAAUUCUCUUCUUUAUCUUCUCGACGUGAAAUCCCCCCAGUACAGACCUUUACAUUUGGAGGCUCCGAUUCUUCUCAUCUUCCACCACCACCCCCUCCCCCUCCUUCCACUAAUUUUGAAAGGCCAAUGCCUCAACAAAUUGUAAAUAAUUUGCCCCAACCAUCCCAACAAAAUUUUAAUCAACAAAAUUUACAUCAAUCUAAUAUACAAUCCCAGGGUUUACCACAAACAACAAAUAUCAGAAACAAUAUGCCACAACAUCCUAUGCCUCCAGGUUGA